AUGAACGUAACACAUUACUUUCGAAGAAUAUUCCAACAAUCCUGCGCGAUAGGCUAUCAACACAUCAACCAACAAUUUAAAAUUUUCGGAGUUUCUCGCAGAACUAUGUCGAAAAAAUCGGUCUACAUCACCAGAACCAUCAACAAAGAAGCCCUGGAUAUUCUCACCGAAAGAUUUGACGUCGCUUCGUGGACAGGACCGGGCCCGGUUCCGCGCGACGAGCUUUUAAAGAACAUAAAAAACAAAUCGGGAUUGUUUUGCAUGCUGACCGACAAAAUAGACGCGGAAGUAUUAGACACCGCCGGCAAAAACCUCAAAAUUAUCGCCACCAUGUCCGUGGGUUACGACCAUUUCGACGUGAACGAAAUAAAAAAACGGGACAUCAAAAUGGCGUACACACCGGACAUUUUGACGGACGCCACUGCCGAAUUGGCGGUCGCUCUACUUUUGGCAACGAGUCGGCGACUUUUGGAAGCGAACCAAGAAGCGAAGACCGGCGGAUGGAAGGCGUGGUCCCCUUUUUGGAUGUGUGGUCCGGGACUUAAAGAUUCUACCGUCGGAAUAGUAGGCUUCGGCAGGAUUGGCCAAGAGAUUGCGAAGCGAUUAAAACCGUUUGGCACCAAACGGAUCCUCUACUUUAACCGAUCCGAGAAGAACGUGGAAGCCACGAAAAUCGGGGCCGAGAGGGUGACUUUUGACGAGUUGCUCACGCACAGCGAUUUCGUGAGCGUCAGCUGCGCUUUGACCCCGGAAACUAAGAACCUUUUCGACGAGAAAGCCUUCGGUAAAAUGAAAAAGACGGCCGUUUUCGUAAACACGAGCAGGGGAGGAGUCGUCGACCAGGACGCUCUGGUCGAGGCGUUACGGAACGGGACGAUAUGGGGCGCCGGCCUUGACGUGACAACACCGGAACCUCUACCUCUCGAACACCCUCUGUUCGGACUAAAAAAUUGCGUGAUUCUUCCUCACAUCGGCAGCGCGUGCGUGCAAACCAGGAACGACAUGGCCGUGCUUACCGCCAAAAAUAUCGCGGCUGCCUUAAACGGCGAACCGCUUUUGACCGAAUUAAUCGUUUAAUGUCUAUAAUCGGUACGUUAAAUAAAACUUUUGGGGG